UAAAAACAAUGUCGGAUAUUAUUGUUUUGGGAUCCUGUAGUGUAGAUUUCACUUGUUUUGCUGCAAGGCUUCCAAAAGCGGGUGAAACUAUUCAUGGCAAAAAAUUUAUGACCAGUUUUGGAGGCAAAGGCGCCAAUCAAUGCGUUUCUGCUGCCAAAUUGGGUGGAAAAACUGCACUAAUAGCAAAUCUUGGGAAUGACAAAUGGGGCAUCGAAUACAAAACGUAUUUAGAAAAAUUAAAUAUUUGGGAUUCUGCUAAGAUUUUGGUGUGCCAAUUGGAGACACCCAUAGAUGCAACUCUGGCAGCUCUAAAACACUUCAAAGGAAUAUCUAUUUUAAAUGCUGCUCCAGCUCAACCUUGUACAAACGAUGAUUUGUUGAAGUUGCCAUCAAUUUUUUGUGUGAACGAAGUAGAAGCAUCUAUUAUAUCAGGAAUUGAUGUUAGCAAUGUAGAAGAAGCAAACACACCGCUAUUUCUAUAUUUUUGGCAAAGAGGUUGCCGGACAAUUAUCGUAACUCUGGGUGCAGAAGGGGCAGUUUUUGCCAGUCAAGAAGAUCCAGUUCCAAUUUUUGUUCCUGCAAAGAAGUUGCUCCUACUGAUACAACGAUAUAUUUAG